UCCCUGAGUCCCUUGACCCAUUCCCUCAGUCCCUUGACCCAUUCCCUCACUCCCUUGACCCAUUCCCUCAGUCCCUUGACCCAUUCCCUCAGUCCCUUGACCCAUUCCCUCAGUCCCUUGACCCAUUCCCUCAGUCCCCUGACCCAUUCCCUCAGUCCCCUGAGACAUUCCCUCAGUCCCUUGACCCAUUCCCUCAGUCCCUUGACCCAUUCCCUGAGUCCCUUGACCCAUUCCCUGAGUCCCUUGACCCAUUCCCUCAGUCCCCUGACCCAUUCCCUCAGUCCCCUGAGACAUUCCCUCAGUCCCUUGACCCAUUCCCUCAGUCCCUUGACCCAUUCCCUCAGUCCCUUCACCCAUUCCCUCAGUCCUUUGACCCAUUCCCUCAGUCCCUUGACCCAUUCCCUCAGUCCCUUGACCCAUUCCCUCAGUCCCCUGACCCAUUCCCUCAGUCCCCUGAGACAUUCCCUCAGUCCCUUGACCCAUUCCCUCAGUCCCUUGACCCAUUCCCUGAGUCCCUUGACCCAUUCCCUCAGUCCCUUGACCCAUUCCCUCAGUCCCUUGACCCAUUCCCUGAGUCCCUUGACCCAUUCCCUCAGUCCCUUGACCCAUCCCCUCACUCCCUUGACCCAUUCCCUCAGUCCCUUGACCCAUUCCCUCAGUCCCUUGACCCAUUGCCUCAGUCCCUUGACCCAUUCCCUCAGUCCCUUGACCCAUUCCCUCAGUCCCUUGACCCAUUCCCUCAGUCCCCUGAGACAUUCCCUCAGUCCCUUGACCCAUUCCCUCAGUCCCUUGACCCAUUCCCUGAGUCCCUUGACCCAUUCCCUCAGUCCCUUGACCCAUUCCCUCACUCCCUUGACCCAUUCCCUCACUCCCUUGACCCAUUCCCUCAGUCCCUUGACCCACUCCCUCAGUCCCUUGACCCAUCCCCUCACUCCCUUGACCCAUUCCCUCAGUCCCUUGACCCAUUCCCUCAGUCCCUUGACCCAUUGCCUCAGUCCCUUGACCCAUUCCCUCAGUCCCUUGACCCAUUCCCUGAGUCCCUUGACCCAUUCCCUCAGUCCCUUGACCCAUUCCCUCACUCCCUUGACCCAUUCCCUCACUCCCUUGACCCAUUCCCUCAGUCCCUUGACCCACUCCCUCAGUCCCUUGACCCAUCCCCUCACUCCCUUGACCCAUUCCCUCAGUCCCUUGACCCAUUCCCUCAGUCCCUUGACCCAUUCCCUCAGUCCCUUGACCCAUUCCCUCAGUCCCUUGACCCAUUCCCUCAGUCCCUUGACCCAUUGCCUCAGUCCCUUGACCCAUUCCCUCAGUCCCUUGACCCAUUCCCUCAGUCCCUUGACCCAUUCCCUCAGUCCUUUGACCCAUUCCCUGAGUCCCUUGACCCAUUCCCUCAGUCCCUUGACCCAUUCCCUCAGUCCCUUGACCCUUUCCCUGAGUCCCUUGACCCAUUCCCUGAGUCCCUUGACCCAUUCCCUGAGUCCCUUGACCCAUUCCCUCAGUCCCUUGACCCAUUGCCUCAGUCCCUUGACCCAUUCCCUCAGUCCCUUGACCCAUUCCCUGAGUCCCUUGACCCAUUCCCUCAGUCCCUUGACCCUUUCCCUGAGUCCCUUGACCCAUUCCCUGAGUCCCUUGACCCAUUCCCUCAGUCCCUUGACCCAUUGCCUCAGUCCCUUGACCCAUUCCCUCAGUCCCUUGACCCAUUCCCUCAGUCCCUUGACCCAUUCCCUCAGUCCUUUGACCCAUUCCCUGAGUCCCUUGACCCAUUCCCUCAGUCCCUUGACCCAUUCCCUCAGUCCCUUGACCCAUUCCCUCAGUCCCUUGACCCUUUCCCUGAGUCCCUUGACCCAUUCCCUGAGUCCCUUGACCCAUUCCCUCAGUCCCUUGACCCAUUCCCUCACUCCCUUGACCCAUUCCCUCAGUCCCUUGACCCAUUCCCUGAGUCCCUUGACCCAUUCCCUCAGUCCCUUGACCCAUUCCCUCAGUCCCUUGACCCAUUCCCUCAGUCCCUUCACCCAUUCCCUCAGUCCCUUGACCCAUUCCCUCAGUCCUUUGACCCAUUCCCUGAGUCCCUUGACCCAUUCCCUCAGUCCCUUGACCCAUUCCCUCAGUCCCUUGACCCUUUCCCUGAGUCCCUUGACCCAUUCCCUGAGUCCCUUGACCCAUUCCCUCAGUCCCUUGACCCAUUCCCUCACUCCCUUGACCCAUUCCCUCAGUCCCUUGACCCAUUCCCUCAGUCCCUUGACCCAUUCCCUCACUCCCUUUACCCAUUCCCUCAGUCCCUUGACCCAUUCCCUCAGUCCCUUGACCCAUUCCCUCAGUCCCUUGACCCUUUCCCUGAGUCCCUUGACCCAUUCCCUGAGUCCCUUGACCCAUUCCCUCAGUCCCUUGACCCAUUCCCUCAGUCCCUUGACCCAUUCCCUCAGUCCCUUCACCCAUUCCCUCAGUCCCUUGACCCAUUCCCUCAGUCCCUUGACCCAUUCCCUCAGUCCCUUCACCCAUUCCCUCAGUCCCUUGACCCAUUGCCUCAGUCCCUUGACCCAUUCCCUCAGUCCCUUGACCCAUUCCCUCACUCCCUUGACCCAUUCCCUCAGUCCCUUGACCCAUUCCCUCAGUCCCUUGACCCAUUCCCUGAGUCCCUUGACCCAUUCCCUCACUCCCUUGACCCAUUCCCUGAGUCCCUUGACCCAUUCCCUCAGUCCCUUGACCCAUUCCCUCAGUCCCUUGACCCAUCCCCUCACUCCCUUGACCCAUUCCCUCAGUCCCUUGACCCAUUCCCUCAGUCCCUUGACCCAUUCCCUGAGUCCCUUGACCCAUUCCCUCAGUCCCUUGACCCAUUCCCUGAGUCCCUUGACCCAUUCCCUCAGUCCCUUGACCCAUUCCCUCAGUCCCUUGACCCAUCCCCUCACUCCCUUGACCCAUUCCCUCAGUCCCUUGACCCAUUGCCUCAGUCCCUUGACCCAUUCCCUCAGUCCCUUGACCCAUUCCCUCAGUCCCUUGACCCAUUCCCUCAGUCCCUUGACCCAUUCCCUCAGUCCCUUGACCCAUUCCCUCAGUCCCUUGACCCAUUCCCUCAGUCCCUUGACCCUUUCCCUGAGUCCCUUGACCCAUUCCCUGAGUCCCUUGACCCAUUCCCUCAGUCCCUUGACCCAUUCCCUCAGUCCCUUGACCCAUUCCCUCAGUCCCUUGACCCAUUGCCUCAGUCCCUUGACCCAUUCCCUGAGUCCCUUGACCCAUUCCCUCAGUCCCUUGACCCAUUCCCUCACUCCCUUGACCCAUUCCCUCAGUCCCUUGACCCAUUCCCUCAGUCCCUUGACCCAUUCCCUCACUCCCUUGACCCAUUCCCUCAGUCCCUUGACCCAUUCCCUGAGUCCCUUGACCCAUUCCCUCAGUCCCUUGACCCAUUCCCUCACUCCCUUGACCCAUUCCCUCAGUCCCUUGACCCAUUCCCUCAGUCCCUUGACCCAUUCCCUCACUCCCUUGACCCAUUCCCUCAGUCCCUUGACCCAUUCCCUCAGUCCCUUGACCCAUUCCCUCACUCCCUUGACCCAUUCCCUCAGUCCCUUGACCCAUUCCCUGAGUCCCUUUACCCAUUCCCUCAGUCCCUUGACCCAUUCCCUCAGUCCCUUGACCCUUUCCCUGAGUCCCUUGACCCAUUCCCUGAGUCCCUUGACCCAUUCCCUCAGUCCCUUGACCCAUUCCCUCAGUCCCUUGACCCAUUCCCUCAGUCCCUUCACCCAUUCCCUCAGUCCUUUGACCCAUUCCCUCAGUCCCUUGACCCAUUCCCUCAGUCCCUUCACCCAUUCCCUCAGUCCUUUGACCCAUUCCCUCAGUCCCUUGACCCAUUCCCUGAGUCCCUUGACCCAUUCCCUCAGUCCCUUGACCCAUUGCCUCAGUCCCUUGACCCAUUCCCUCAGUCCCUUGACCCAUUCCCUCAGUCCCCUGACCCAUUCCCUCAGUCCCCUGAGACAUUCCCUCAGUCCCUUGACUCAUUCCCUCAGUCCCUUGACCCAUUCCCUGAGUCCCUUGACCCAUUCCCUCACUCCCUUGACCCAUUCCCUCAGUCCCUAGACCCAUUCCCUCAGUCCCUUGACCCAUUGCCUCAGUCCCUUGACCCAUUCCCUCAGUCCCUUGACCCUUUCCCUCAGUCCCUUGACCCAUUGCCUCAGUCCCCUGACCCAUUCCCUCAGUCCCCUGAGACAUUCCCUCAGUCCCUUGACUCAUUCCCUCAGUCCCUUGACCCAUUCCCUGAGUCCCUUGACCCAUUCCCUCACUCCCUUGACCCAUUCCCUCAGUCCCUAGACCCAUUCCCUCAGUCCCUUGACCCAUUCCCUCAGUCCCUUGACCCAUUCCCUCAGUCCCUUGACCCUUUCCCUCAGUCCCUUCACCCAUUCCCUCAGUCCCUUCACCCAUUCCUUCAGUCCCUUGACCCAUUCCCUCAGUCCCCUGACCCAUUCCCUCAGUCCCCUGAGACAUUCCCUCAGUCCCUUGACUCAUUCCCUCAGUCCCUUGACCCAUUCCCUGAGUCCCUUGACCCAUUCCCUCAGUCCCUUGACCCAUCCCCUCACUCCCUUGACCCAUUCCCUCAGUCCCUAGACCCAUUCCCUCAGUCCCUUGACCCAUUGCCUCAGUCCCUUGACCCAUUCCCUCAGUCCCUUGACCCAUUCCCUCAGUCCCCUGACCCAUUCCCUCAGUCCCCUGAGACAUUCCCUCAGUCCCUUGACUCAUUCCCUCAGUCCCUUGACCCAUUCCCUGAGUCCCUUGACCCAUUCCCUCAGUCCCUUGACCCAUCCCCUCACUCCCUUGACCCAUUCCCUCAGUCCCUAGACCCAUUCCCUCAGUCCCUUGACCCAUUGCCUCAGUCCCUUGACCCAUUCCCUCAGUCCCUUGACCCAUUCCCUCAGUCCCUUGACCCAUUCCCUGAGUCCCUUGACCCAUUCCCUCAGUCCCUUGACCCAUUGCCUCAGUCCCUUGACCCAUUCCCUCAGUCCCUUGACCCAUUCCCUCAGUCCCUUCACCUAUUCCCUCAGUCCCUUGACCCAUUCCCUCAGUCCCUUGACCCUUUCCCUGAGUCCCUUGACCCAUUCCCUCAGUCCCUUGACCCAUUCCCUCAGUCCCUUGACCCAUUCCCUGAGUCCCUUGACCCAUUCCCUCAGUCCCUUGACCCAUUCCCUCAGUCCCUUGACCCAUUGCCUCAGUCCCUUGACCCAUUCCCUCAGUCCCUUGACCCAUUCCCUCAGUCCCUUCACCUAUUCCCUCAGUCCCUUGACCCAUUCCCUCAGUCCCUUCACCUAUUCCCUCAGUCCCUUGACCCAUUCCCUCAGUCCCUUGACCCAUUCCCUCAGUCCCUUGACCCAUUCCCUCAGUCCCUUCACCCAUUCCCUCAGUCCCUUGACCCUUUCCCUGAGUCCCUUGACCCAUUCCCUCAGUCCCUUGACCCAUUCCCUCAGUCCCUUGACCCAUUCCCUCAGUCCCCUGACCCAUUCUCUCAGUCCCUUGACCCAUUCCCUCAGUCCCCUGAGACAUUCCCUCAGUCCCUUGACCCAUUCCCUGAGUCCCUUGACCCAUUCCCUCAGUCCCUUGACCCAUUCCCUCACUCCCUUGACCCAUUCCCUGAGUCCCUUGACCCAUUCCCUCAGUCCUUUGACCCAUUCCCUCAGUCCCUUGACCCAUUCCCUCAGUCCCUUGACCCAUUCCCUCACUCCCUUGACCCAUUCCCUCAGUCCCUUGACCCAUUCCCUCAGUCCCUUGACCCAUUCCCUCAGUCCCUUGACCCAUUCCCUCAGUCCCUUGACCCAUUCCCUGAGUCCCUUGACCCAUUCCCUCAGUCCCUUCACCCAUUCCCUCAGUCCCUUCACCCAUUCCCUCAGUCCCUUGACCCAUUCCCUGAGUCCCUUGACCCAUUCCCUCAGUCCCUUGACCCAUUCCCUGAGUCCCUUGACCCAUUCCCUGAGUCCCUUGACCCAUUCCCUCAGUCCCUUGACCCAUCCCCUCACUCCCUUGACCCAUUCCCUCAGUCCCUUGACCCAUUCCCUCAGUCCUUUGACCCAUUCCCUCACUCCCUUGACCCAUUCCCUCAGUCCCUUGACCCAUUCCCUCAGUCCCUUGACCCAUUCCCUCAGUCCCUUGACCCAUUCCCUGAGUCCCUUGACCCACUCCCUCAGUCCCUUGACCCAUCCCCUCACUCCCUUGACCCAUUCCCUCAGUCCCUUGACCCAUUCCCUCAGUCCCUUGACCCAUUCCCUCAGUCCCUUGACCCAUUCCCUCAGUCCCUUGACCCUUUCCCUGAGUCCCUUGACCCAUUCCCUCAGUCCCUUGACCCUUUCCCUGAGUCCCUUGACCCAUUCCCUCAGUCCCUUGACCCAUUCCCUCAGUCCUUUGACCCAUUCCCUCAGUCCCUUCACCCAUUCCCUCAGUCCCUUGACCCAUUCCCUCAGUCCCUUCACCCAUUCCCUCAGUCCCUUGACCCAUUCCCUGAGUCCCUUGACCCAUUCCCUCAGUCCCUUGACCCAUUCCCUCAGUCCCUUCACCCAUUCCCUCAGUCCCUUGACCCAUUCCCUCAGUCCCUUGACCCAUUGCCUCAGUCCCAUGACCCAUUCCCUCAGUCCCUUGACCCAUUCCCUCAGUCCCUUGACCCAUUCCCUCAGUCCCUUGACCCAUUCCCUCAGUCCCUUGACCCAUUCCUUGAGUCCCUUGACCCACUCCCUCAGUCCCUUGACCCAUCCCCUCACUCCCUUGACCCAUUCCCUCAGUCCCUUGACCCAUUCCCUCAGUCCCUUGACCCAUUCCCUCAGUCCCUUCACCUAUUCCCUCAGUCCCUUGACCCAUUCCCUCAGUCCCUUCACCUAUUCCCUCAGUCCCUUGACCCAUUCCCUCAGUCCCUUGACCCUUUCCCUGAGUCCCUUGACCCAUUCCCUCAGUCCCUUGACCCAUUCCCUCAGUCCCUUGACCCAUUCCCUGAGUCCCUUGACCCAUUCCCUCAGUCCCUUGACCCAUUCCCUCAGUCCCUUGACCCAUUGCCUCAGUCCCUUGACCCAUUCCCUCAGUCCCUUGACCCAUUCCCUCAGUCCCUUCACCUAUUCCCUCAGUCCCUUGACCCAUUCCCUCAGUCCCUUCACCUAUUCCCUCAGUCCCUUGACCCAUUCCCUCAGUCCCUUGACCCAUUCCCUCAGUCCCUUGACCCAUUCCCUCAGUCCCUUCACCCAUUCCCUCAGUCCCUUGACCCUUUCCCUGAGUCCCUUGACCCAUUCCCUCAGUCCCUUGACCCAUUCCCUCAGUCCCUUGACCCAUUCCCUCAGUCCCUUGACCCAUUCCCUCAGUCCCCUGACCCAUUCUCUCAGUCCCUUGACCCAUUCCCUCAGUCCCCUGACCCAUUCUCUCAGUCCCUUGACCCAUUCCCUCAGUCCCUUGACCCAUUCCCUCACUCCCUUGACCCAUUCCCUGAGUCCCUUGACCCAUUCCCUCAGUCCUUUGACCCAUUCCCUCAGUCCCUUGACCCAUUCCCUCAGUCCCUUGACCCAUUCCCUCACUCCCUUGACCCAUUCCCUCAGUCCCUUGACCCAUUCCCUCAGUCCCUUGACCCAUUCCCUCAGUCCCUUGACCCAUUCCCUCAGUCCCUUGACCCAUUCCCUGAGUCCCUUGACCCAUUCCCUCAGUCCCUUCACCCAUUCCCUCAGUCCCUUGACCCAUUCCCUCAGUCCCUUGACCCAUUCCCUGAGUCCCUUGACCCAUUCCCUCAGUCCCUUGACCCAUUCCCUCAGUCCCUUGACCCAUUCCCUCAGUCCCUUGACCCAUUCCCUGAGUCCCUUGACCCAUUCCCUCAGUCCCUUGACCCAUCCCCUCACUCCCUUGACCCAUUCCCUCAGUCCCUUGACCCAUUCCCUCAGUCCUUUGACCCAUUCCCUCACUCCCUUGACCCAUUCCCUCAGUCCCUUGACCCAUUCCCUCAGUCCCUUGACCCAUUCCCUCAGUCCCUUGACCCAUUCCCUGAGUCCCUUGACCCACUCCCUCAGUCCCUUGACCCAUCCCCUCACUCCCUUGACCCAUUCCCUCAGUCCCUUGACCCAUUCCCUCAGUCCCUUGACCCAUUCCCUCAGUCCCUUGACCCAUUCCCUCAGUCCCUUGACCCAUUCCCUCAGUCCCUUGACCCAUUCCCUCAGUCCCUUGACCCUUUCCCUGAGUCCCUUGACCCAUUCCCUCAGUCCCUUGACCCAUUCCCUCAGUCCUUUGACCCAUUCCCUCAGUCCCUUGACCCAUUCCCUCAGUCCCUUGACCCAUCCCCUCACUCCCUUGACCCAUUCCCUCAGUCCCUUGACCCAUUGCCUCAGUCCCUUGACCCAUUCCCUCAGUCCCUUGACCCAUUCCCUCAGUCCCUUCACCUAUUCCCUCAGUCCCUUGACCCAUUCCCUCAGUCCCUUCACCUAUUCCCUCAGUCCCUUGACCCAUUCCCUCAGUCCCUUGACCCAUUCCCUCAGUCCCUUGACCCAUUCCCUCAGUCCCUUCACCCAUUCCCUCAGUCCCUUGACCCUUUCCCUGAGUCCCUUGACCCAUUCCCUCAGUCCCUUGACCCAUUCCCUCAGUCCCUUGACCCAUUCCCUCAGUCCCUUGACCCAUUCCCUCAGUCCCCUGACCCAUUCUCUCAGUCCCUUGACCCAUUCCCUCAGUCCCCUGAGACAUUCCCUCAGUCCCUUGACCCAUUCCCUCAGUCCCUUGACCCAUUCCCUCACUCCCUUGACCCAUUCCCUGAGUCCCUUGACCCAUUCCCUCAGUCCUUUGACCCAUUCCCUCAGUCCCUUGACCCAUUCCCUCAGUCCCUUGACCCAUUCCCUCACUCCCUUGACCCAUUCCCUCAGUCCCUUGACCCAUUCCCUCAGUCCCUUGACCCAUUCCCUCAGUCCCUUGACCCAUUCCCUCAGUCCCUUGACCCAUUCCCUGAGUCCCUUGACCCAUUCCCUCAGUCCCUUCACCCAUUCCCUCAGUCCCUUCACCCAUUCCCUCAGUCCCUUGACCCAUUCCCUGAGUCCCUUGACCCAUUCCCUCAGUCCCUUGACCCAUUCCCUCAGUCCCUUGACCCAUUCCCUCAGUCCCUUGACCCAUUCCCUCAGUCCCUUGACCCAUUCCCUCAGUCCCUUGACCCAUUCCCUCAGUCCCUUGACCCAUCCCCUCACUCCCUUGACCCAUUCCCUCAGUCCCUUGACCCAUUCCCUCAGUCCUUUGACCCAUUCCCUCACUCCCUUGACCCAUUCCCUCAGUCCCUUGACCCAUUCCCUCAGUCCCUUGACCCAUUCCCUCAGUCCCUUGACCCAUUCCCUGAGUCCCUUGACCCACUCCCUCAGUCCCUUGACCCAUCCCCUCACUCCCUUGACCCAUUCCCUCAGUCCCUUGACCCAUUCCCUCAGUCCCUUGACCCAUUCCCUCAGUCCCUUGACCCAUUCCCUCAGUCCCUUGACCCAUUCCCUCAGUCCCUUGACCCAUUCCCUCAGUCCCUUGACCCUUUCCCUGAGUCCCUUGACCCAUUCCCUCAGUCCCUUGACCCAUUCCCUCAGUCCUUUGACCCAUUCCCUCAGUCCCUUGACCCAUUCCCUCAGUCCCUUGACCCAUUCCCUGAGUCCCUUGACCCAUUCCCUCAGUCCCUUCACCCAUUCCCUCAGUCCCUUCACCCAUUCCCUCAGUCCCUUGACCCAUUCCCUGAGUCCCUUGACCCAUUCCCUCAGUCCCUUGACCCAUUCCCUCAGUCCCUUGACCCAUUCCCUCAGUCCCUUGACCCAUUCCCUCAGUCCCUUGACCCAUUCCCUGAGUCCCUUGACCCAUUCCCUCAGUCCCUUGACCCAUCCCCUCACUCCCUUGACCCAUUCCCUCAGUCCCUUGACCCAUUCCCUCAGUCCUUUGACCCAUUCCCUCACUCCCUUGACCCAUUCCCUCAGUCCCUUGACCCAUUCCCUCAGUCCCUUGACCCAUUCCCUCAGUCCCUUGACCCAUUCCCUGAGUCCCUUGACCCACUCCCUCAGUCCCUUGACCCAUCCCCUCACUCCCUUGACCCAUUCCCUCAGUCCCUUGACCCAUUCCCUCAGUCCCUUGACCCAUUCCCUCAGUCCCUUGACCCAUUCCCUCAGUCCCUUGACCCAUUCCCUCAGUCCCCUGACCCAUUCUCUCAGUCCCUUGACCCAUUCCCUCAGUCCCCUGAGACAUUCCCUCAGUCCCUUGACCCAUUCCCUGAGUCCCUUGACCCAUUCCCUCAGUCCCUUGACCCAUUCCCUCACUCCCUUGACCCAUUCCCUGAGUCCCUUGACCCAUUCCCUCAGUCCUUUGACCCAUUCCCUCAGUCCCUUGACCCAUUCCCUGAGUCCCUUGACCCAUUCCCUCAGUCCCUUGACCCAUUCCCUCAGUCCCUUGACCCAUUCCCUCAGUCCCUUCACCCAUUCCCUCAGUCCCUUGACCCAUUCCCUCAGUCCCUUGACCCAUUCCCCUCAUCCCUUCACCUAUUCCCUCAGUCCCUUGACCCAUCCCCUCACUCCCUUGACCCAUUCCCUCAGUCCCUUGACCCAUUCCCUCAGUCCCUUGACCCAUUCCCUCAGUCCCUUGACCCAUUCCCUCAGUCCCUUGACCCAUUCCCUCAGUCCCUUGACCCAUUCCCUCAGUCCCUUGACCCAUUCCCUCAGUCCCUUGACCCAUUCCCUCAGUCCCCUGACCCAUUCCCUCAGUCCCCUGACCCAUUCCCUCAGUCCCUUGACCCAUUCCCUCAGUCCCUUGACCCAUUCCCUCAGUCCCUUGACCCAUUCCCUCAGUCCCUUGAUCCAUUCCCUCAGUCCCUUGACCCAUUCCCUCAGUCCCUUGACCCAUUCCCUCAGUCCCUUGACCCAUUCCCUCAGUCCCUUGACCCAUUCCCUCAGUCCCUUGACCCAUUCCCUCAGUCCCUUGACCCAUUCCCUCAGUCCCCUGACCCAUUCCCUCAGUCCCCUGACCCAUUCCCUCAGUCCCCUGACCCAUUCCCUCAGUCCCUUGACCCAUCCCCUCACUCCCUUGACCCAUUCCCUCAGUCCCUUGAUCCAUUCCCUCAGUCCCUUGACCCAUUCCCUCAGUCCCUUGACCCAUUCCCUCAGUCCCUUGACCCAUUCCCUCAGUCCCUUGACCCAUUCCCUCAGUCCCUUGACCCAUUCCCUCAGUCCCCUGACCCAUUCCCUCAGUCCCCUGACCCAUUCCCUCAGUCCCUUGACCCAUUCCCUCAGUCCCUUGACCCAUUCCCUCAGUCCCUUGAUCCAUUCCCUCAGUCCCUUGACCCAUUCCCUCAGUCCCUUGACCCAUUCCCUCAGUCCCUUGACCCAUUCCCUCACUCCCUUGACCCAUUCCCUCAGUCCCUUGACCCAUUCCCUCAGUCCCUUGACCCAUUCCCUCAGUCCCUUGACCCAUUCCCUCAGUCCCUUGACCCAUUCCCUGAGUCCCUUGACCCAUUCCCUCAGUCCCUUCACCCAUUCCCUCAGUCCCUUCACCCAUUCCCUCAGUCCCUUGACCCAUUCCCUGAGUCCCUUGACCCAUUCCCUCAGUCCCUUGACCCAUUCCCUCAGUCCCUUGACCCAUUCCCUCAGUCCCUUGACCCAUUCCCUCAGUCCCUUGACCCAUUCCCUGAGUCCCUUGACCCAUUCCCUCAGUCCCUUGACCCAUCCCCUCACUCCCUUGACCCAUUCCCUCAGUCCCUUGACCCAUUCCCUCAGUCCUUUGACCCAUUCCCUCACUCCCUUGACCCAUUCCCUCAGUCCCUUGACCCAUUCCCUCAGUCCCUUGACCCAUUCCCUCAGUCCCUUGACCCACUCCCUCAGUCCCUUGACCCAUCCCCUCACUCCCUUGACCCAUUCCCUCAGUCCCUUGACCCAUUCCCUCAGUCCCUUGACCCAUUCCCUCAGUCCCUUGACCCAUUCCCUCAGUCCCUUGACCCAUUCCCUCAGUCCCUUGACCCAUUCCCUCAGUCCCUUGACCCUUUCCCUGAGUCCCUUGACCCAUUCCCUCAGUCCCUUGACCCUUUCCCUGAGUCCCUUGACCCAUUCCCUCAGUCCCUUGACCCAUUCCCUCAGUCCUUUGACCCAUUCCCUCAGUCCCUUCACCCAUUCCCUCAGUCCCUUGACCCAUUCCCUCAGUCCCUUCACCCAUUCCCUCAGUCCCUUGACCCAUUCCCUCAGUCCCUUGACCCAUUCCCUGAGUCCCUUGACCCAUUCCCUCAGUCCCUUGACCCAUUCCCUCAGUCCCUUGACCCAUUCCCUCAGUCCCUUCACCCAUUCCCUCAGUCCCUUGACCCAUUCCCUCAGUCCCUUGACCCAUUCCCUCAGUCCCUUGACCCAUUGCCUCAGUCCCUUGACCCAUUCCCUCAGUCCCUUGACCCAUUCCCUCAGUCCCUUCACCUAUUCCCUCAGUCCCUUCACCCAUUCCCUCAGUCCCUUGACCCAUUCCCUCAGUCCCUUGACCCAUCCCCUCACUCCCUUGACCCAUUCCCUCAGUCCCUUGACCCAUUCCCUCAGUCCCUUGACCCAUUCCCUCAGUCCCUUGACCCAUUCCCUCAGUCCCUUGACCCAUUCCCUCAGUCCCUUGACCCAUUCCCUCAGUCCCUUGACCCAUUCCCUCAGUCCCUUGACCCAUUCCCUCAGUCCCCUGACCCAUUCCCUCAGUCCCCUGACCCAUUCCCUCAGUCCCUUGACCCAUUCCCUCAGUCCCUUGACCCAUUCCCUCAGUCCCUUGACCCAUUCCCUCAGUCCCUUGACCCAUUCCCUCAGUCCCUUGACCCAUUCCCUCAGUCCCUUGACCCAUUCCCUCAGUCCCUUGACCCAUUCCCUCAGUCCCUUGACCCAUUCCCUCAGUCCCUUGACCCAUUCCCUCAGUCCCUUGACCCAUUCCCUCAUCCCUUGACCCAUUCCCCUCAGUCCCUUGACCCAUUCCCUCAGUCCCUUGACCCAUUCCCUCAGUCCCUUGACCCAUUCCCUCAGUCCCUUGACCCAUUCCCUCAGUCCCUUGACCCAUUCCCUCAUCCCCUUGACCCAUUCCCUCAGUCCCUUGACCCAUUCCCUCAGUCCCUUGACCCAUUCCCUCAGUCCCUUGACCCAUUCCCUCAGUCCCCUGACCCAUUCCCUCAGUCCCUUGACCCAUUCCCUCAGUCCCUUGACCCAUUCCCUCAGUCCCUUGACCCAUUCCCUCAGUCCCUUGACCCAUUCCCUCAGUCCCUUGACCCAUUCCCUCAGUCCCUUGACCCAUUCCCUCAGUCCCCUGACCCAUUCCCUCAGUCCCUUGACCCAUUCCCUCAGUCCCUUGACCCAUUCCCUCAGUCCCUUGACCCAUUCCCUCAGUCCCUUGACCCAUUCCCUCAGUCCCCUGACCCAUUCCCUCAGUCCCCUGACCCAUUCCCUCAGUCCCCUGACCCAUUCCCUCAGUCCCCUGACCCAUUCCCUCAGUCCCUUGACCCAUCCCCUCACUCCCUUGACCCAUUCCCUCAGUCCCUUGACCCAUUCCCUCAGUCCCUUGACCCAUUCCCUCAGUCCCUUGACCCAUUCCCUCAGUCCCUUGACCCAUUCCCUCAGUCCCUUGACCCAUUCCCUCAGUCCCUUGACCCAUUCCCUCAGUCCCUUGACCCAUUCCCUCAGUCCCUUGACCCAUUCCCUCAGUCCCUUGACCCAUUCCCUCAGUCCCUUGACCCAUUCCCUCAGUCCCUUGACCCAUUCCCUCAGUCCCUUGACCCAUUCCCUCAGUCCCCUGACCCAUUCCCUCAGUCCCCUGACCCAUUCCCUCAGUCCCCUGACCCAUUCCCUCAGUCCCCUGACCCAUUCCCUCAGUCCCUUGACCCAUUCCCUCAGUCCCUUGACCCAUUCCCUCAGUCCCUUGACCCAUUCCCUCAGUCCCUUGACCCAUUCCCUCAGUCCCUUGACCCAUUCCCUCAGUCCCUUGACCCAUUCCCUCAGUCCCCUGACCCAUUCCCUCAGUCCCCUGACCCAUUCCCUCAGUCCCCUGACCCAUUCCCUCAGUCCCUUGACCCAUUCCCUCAGUCCCUUGACCCAUUCCCUCAGUCCCUUGACCCAUUCCCUCAGUCCCUUGACCCAUUCCCUCAGUCCCUUGACCCAUUCCCUCAGUCCCUUGACCCAUUCCCUCAGUCCCUUGACCCAUUCCCUCAGUCCCUUGACCCAUUCCCUCAGUCCCUUGACCCAUUCCCUCAGUCCCUUGACCCAUUCCCUCAGUCCCUUGACCCAUUCCCUCAGUCCCUUGACCCAUUCCCUCAGUCCCCUGACCCAUUCCCUCAGUCCCCUGACCCAUUCCCUCAGUCCCCUGACCCAUUCCCUCAGUCCCCUGACCCAUUCCCUCAGUCCCCUGACACAUUCCCUCAGUCCCUUGACACAUUCCUUCAAUCCCCUGACCCAUUCCCUCAGUCCCCUGACCCAUUCCCUCAGUUCCUUGACCCCUCAUGGACUGUCUUUUCCCCGUCUCUGGGUGUGUCUGUAGCAGCCAACCAGUGGCUCUCUUCUUUCGUCCCUCUGUUCCCCACUGCCGCCCUUCUCCCCUCACCCAUCCCCCUGCUGUGCACAGUGGAGCCAGUAAACUUUUGUUCCCCGCCAGCUCCGCACCGCACCUGCUUCUCUUGA